GCAGCCGGCAAAUGUAUCGACUUGAGAGCAGAGACGGCGUUGGGCGGACGGCAGAUGGUCGUCUUACGGCGAACAGGAGCGACAGUGCUGCACGUGCUGGUCAAGGCGUUAAACAACAGCAAAAAUUGUCAAGACUGUCCAAGACUGACGACUCCUCGGUUUUGUCGCGAGAUGGGUCGCGUGUAGCUGCCGCCAGGUCAAAGGUUGUAAAGGAAGGCAAGAGGGCACCGCUUGCGAGUGACCCCGGCGCCGCCUUCUUCGCUUCUGCGGCGAAGAGUGUCCAGUCCGUGUGACGUCUUCGGUCAGACCAGACGCCCCGGUCACAGACCGGAAGAAGAAAGGAAUAUCCUCACGUGCGCGCAUGCAUGUUGUUGAUUUACAUCAGCCCUGCAUUCCAGGGACUCCGUCCUCAAGGUGUCGGAGCAGCAUGGCAAAGAACAGUCGACAGACGCUAUCCCAAGCCGGCUUUGAUCAACGAGCAUUAGGUUCAAGAAGACAGUUCUCAACGACCAGAAGUUCCGUUGCCAGCGGAUUUAAAGUCGGAAAAGGGAAAGUCAUCUUCCACACCGAACAUUCCGUCGCUUGCAGAUGUAACCAAUCAAAGGUCUUCUGGUAAAUCGCGUCCCUUGUCGACAGUUGGAGCAGGUCAAAGGCCACUUGUUUCCAGUAUUACGACACCUGAAGUUGUAACGUGCGAUGUCACCUUUCAGGUGACCAACGCCGUUGUUCCUAAGCCAGUAUCGCCAUCAUGGAAGGACAAACAUGUUCUAGAGGACAAAAGGGUAGCUUUUACUGGGAUGCACAGCUACAACCCUCACAACAUCUAGCCACCGUGUAUCCACAUGGGUCACAACAGUCCAUUAAAAAUGAUCUUGAACUCCAAGACAACAGGGAGACCGACGAUUUCAACUUAACACAAAAAAAUUUCUCGACUUCAGAGACGAAUGUUCUCUGCAGCGAAUUUACCCUAAAGCUUGAACAAGGGACAGUUCCUGCUUCCCACAAGAUGGUAGUCGAGGAGAGGGGUACAAAGGACAAAUACGAAGGUACUGAGAGUAGAGGUAAGGAGCACAGAGGUACGAAAGAGGACGAGGCCGUGACGAGGGGAAGGCAGAUUUUCCAGAGACUUGGGCCCAGCUUCCCUCUGCUUGACUCCAGAGAAAGCCGCUGGCUACCCGUGGCUAACGUGGAGUUCUGUCAUUCAUCCAGACCAGCCAGAUCUGCAGCCAACGGCCCAGCAAAGGCUAGCUGCAGCACAGGACCCCAGCUAUAUCCUCCAUCUCGUACUUCACGUGGAGGAUCUCAUCGGACAAGGCCAAUACGGCAAGGUCUAUGAUGCUACUCUAAGAAAUUCAACAUGUAAAACUGGACAACGGCGAUUCGCUUUAAAGAAAAUAACAAAACGCGGCGAGGAAACCAAAGUCCAUGCUCUGGCCGAGCAGCGGGCCUUGGCCACCGGCCUUUCGUGUCCCUUCAUCAUUCAACUUGUCUCAUGCUUCCAGACCAAGCUAGCUUUCUUCCUACUGAUGGAGCUGGCUGAAGGAGGACGACUGACAGACCUUCUGACCCGCUUUGGACGACUUCCGGAGGUCAACGUCCGGUUUUAUGCGGCUCAGAUAUUCAUUGCGCUGUCUUUUCUUCACGAACAAAACAUACUGCACAGAGAUCUGAAACUGGACAAUGUGCUGCUGGACGGGGCAGGAUUCAUCCGCCUCUGUGAUUUCGGCCUCAGCGUGGACGGUUUCCAAGACGACGGCCUAGUCAAUAGUCCCUGCGGCACGUUUGUGUACGUUGCCCCCGAGGUCUUUCGAAAUUCAUAUGGCAAGGCCGCCGACUGGUGGUCUUAUGGCGUACUCCUGUACCUUAUGGCUACCGGAAGACUUCCAUUCGGCGGCAAGAACAUAAAGGAACUCUUUGUUGCCAUCACUCGGAGGGAGCCGUUCUACGACAGUUUCCUCAGCUCAGCUCUCGUGUCCCUUCUGAAAAGACUUUUAAGCAAGUCUGCGCGCGAUCGUCCCGGGUACAAGUCUUCCGGUGAUAAGCGCCCCCUCGCGGCCGAUCCUUUCUUCGCUGGCGUUGAUUGGCUCCGUCUGCAGACUCACUCCAUGACGCCUCCCCCGCUGCCCAAACGCCGCCUGCAGACAAGUCGACCAUCAGAGAACUUGUCGUCUGCUGCCUCCCACGCUUUCCUCUCCGCAUCCUUCCCCGCAGCUCAGAGCCUCUCCAGUCCUUUGCAACGUGAUUGGCAGUCGAAGACGACGAGGUCAGGGUCACUCAGCAUGACUGGACUUCCGGCUGUUUAACUCCCUUGGAGCCUUCCCCUCAAUGCUUCGCUGCAAAGUGUCUCUCGGUGAUUGUGCUGGUCUGGAGUCGAACUCAUUGCUUCCCACCCCGACCCAAACAUGACUCAUAAAGGUUCAAACCUUCGUCCUCAGAACAAGAAGUCAUAUGCUGAGACCUCCAUGCACUGUGUCCAACCGCGUGUGCUGCUCACUCAAAGACUAGUGCUGCCAGAAGAGUUUAAGCUCGGCUUUGACGUGGAUGAACGAAAAUGAAUUCUCUUAUCAUAGCGGUUACACAAUUACACUUCGCAUUAAAUACUGCGGUAACCUAAUGCCGACCAUGCUGCUAAUUCUUCGGUGCAUGCGAAGCGUACACGUGCUUUUGACUUGAUGAGGAUGAAUACGUGAUGUUCCACACGAGCACUUGUGUGUGUGUGUGCAUGCUGUAUUUGUUCUCUAUUGUCCUUCUUCCCUUCUGUAAAAGAAAGAAGAGAGUACUUGUUUGUGUGUGUGUGUGGUGCUGAGAGAGAAGAGAGUCUGUGCGCGUGUGUAAACACGUGCUUUGGUCACUACAACACCUAAUAUAGUCACCUAGAAUGCAUCGUCGGAAGCUUAACCUUCAGAAAAUCGCUCCCCAAAGACCGAGAGGACUUUUUUGUAAUGUGUCCACGUGGCUUGUCCACGCGCUCCAAGGCUGUUACUGUUCGUGAGCUACGUGGAAUCCAUCACGACUGCAAAGUGGUCAUCACGUCAAGCAAUACAGUUAAGGCAAAAAGAAAAAAAAGAAGAGAAACAAAACUCGCAGCUAUAAAGUGAAGAUUGGCGUGUUGGAUAGACUAUUUUCGUAGAGUUUUCGCAUGCGCCAGACAUAUAAACAGGGCACGAAACAAUCACACGACAUUGAGAGAUAUUAUAUUCUAGAUAAUUUAUUUGUCGAGAAAGUUGCUUCCUCCAAAGUACGAUUUCGCAUGAUCAGGGAAAGAGAUGGUGGACAUGGGGAAACUCCUGAUGCCUUGCCUUGCGAACACUGAACUACAGGGCGCUACCCAGACUGUUGGGUUCAACCGAUUAAUUUGUUUGGAAGAUGCUCCUGUCAGAAUAUAAUUUGGCAUUGUGGGGAAAAUAGCCAUGCAGAGACCGAGAAGAGGAGUACUGAAGAUAAUCACUACAAAUAGGUGCCAUAGCUGCAUUCAAAAACAGUACCUUGAAGCGCACAAAGACCCGUGUCACCCUGGGGACCAAAUCAACAUUGUCGACGUCUUCUGUAAAUAAAUGUGUUUUUAUGGCACUUGGCUAUCUGCUCCCCCACGGCGAAGAUAUUCUGCCUUUAGUUAAUAAAAUGAGAAUUAUUUGUAUUUAUGUUUUUGAUAACACGAAUUGCUA